CUACCGGUCCGCUUUGGUCACGCGGUCAAUGACAUCAGUAAAAGCUUUACUAAGGCAGAUGUGUGUACUGUAACGUUACAACACAUGUAAUAUAGUACCACCUGUGAGCACCAGGGCUUUAUUAUCACCGUGAGUGGACCUACCGGGACGGACCCAGCAAAAGCAGACAAGCAAAACAGGAUAAACCGUUUUAAGGACAGGGUGCCUCUAUUGAAGCUAACAACAGUAGUAAGCUUAGCUAGCAUACCUGGUGAACUUUUACCAUCGCUGCUCUGUGUUUGACAAUCAACUUUAUCCAACUCGAGCAAGCUAACCAGGCAGCUGAAGCUAUAUAACAUUAGCUAAAUGCAAGGACGGACUUUGAACUCUACAAGGGUAAGAUUUCAGUUUUGCUAGCUAACUGUCAAAGAGUUUCUAGCUGAUUAGCCAGUCCGACUUCCUUGUGUUCGAGGUCAUUCUGUUUUCUAAGUGAUUGUCGGGAAGCUAGUCAUGAAGAGCCUACCGUAUUUCUGCCGGGGAGAGGUCAUUCGAGGCUUCGGGAGAGGAAGCAAAGAACUGGGAAUCCCCACAGCCAACUUCCCUGAUUCAGUGGUGGACAAUCUUCCAGCAGAUAUUGGCACAGGAAUCUACUAUGGCUGGGCCUGUGUCGGUAAUGGUGAUGUCUACAAGAUGGUGAUGAGCAUUGGCUGGAACCCUUACUACAAAAAUACCAAGAAGUCCAUGGAGACCCAUGUGAUUCACACAUUUAAAGAAGACUUUUAUGGGGAGAUUCUCAGUGUUGUCUUGGUGGGCUACAUCCGUCCAGAGAGAAGCUACAACUCACUUGAAGCGCUCAUUGCAGCCAUAAACAGCGACAUUGAGGAGGCCAAGGUCACGCUGGAGCUCCCCGAGCAUCUCAAACUGAGAGACGACAACUUCUUCACCAGCGCUCCCAGCUCAUCGUCAGCCCUGCCCCCCAACACUGCAUCCACAUCACAGACUAUUAUAAAUGGUCACUGACAGCUGGCUUUGACUGUAGCACUUUGUGUACACACACACACACACACACACACACCAGAAAACAUACGUUUCUAUAUACACACAGGUGUAUACACUAAUUAAAAUGCACACCCUCAUUCUGAGAUCUCUGACCUGUUGUCAUGGCUGCAUAAACAACCAAUCUUUUUUUUUUUUUUUUAUUGUAUUUUUCUUUUACCUCCUUAAUGUGUCUCAAUUGUUUAACUUCUUGAAUGGUUUUUUUGCAGACUGCUUUUGUAUAUACUCACACCAGAUUGCCUCAUCUAAUAGCGUAACUGUGUAUCUCUUUGGUCUUACUGGUCCUGCUGUAUAUUUGGAAUAUUUUAUGUAAGAAAGUACCAUCAAAAAAAAAAAAAUACAGAUUUUGGCAUAAUGGUGACCACAAGUAAUUUUGUAAUAAUUUGUAUAUAAAGAAAGACACAAAUGGGCUGCAAUUAUUUAUUCUAGUUUACACAGGGACCAGGGUUACUGCAUGUAGAAUUAAAGGUUCAACAAUACAUUUAUGUCAGUUUUGUUAUUUCCAUAUAUUAGGGUAAGAUGCAGUGGGAAUACAAUUUAUUCUAAAUUUGUAAAGCAUAAAAAAUAGGAUAAAAUAUUUAAAGUUAUGCACAUGGCUGGCCAAGAGCUCUUUUUGUGACAUCACUGGCUGAUAACUGCCUGAAUGUUGUUAUUGUCCUAAUAUCAGUGAUAUCAAUGGUUUCUUAUUAUUAUGUAAUUAAAAUAAAAAAGAUCUCAGAACUUA